AACAGAUGUGCUUGGCUUGAAGAGACUGAUUAAUUUCUUGAUGGGAAGAAAAAUCUUGUUCAGCUUUUCAGUUAUAUUUUUAUGUGUGGGAUUUUCACUAACUUUGGAACAGAUACUUGCCAGGAAGAAUGUAAGUUUCCUUUCUCGAACGUCUUCAAACAAUGAAGUGGUUACAGACAGUGAUCAACCCACUAAUGGGACUAUGAAAACAGUCCAGAAUUUCACAGCAAAACCAACCAUACAGGCUCUCAACUACAAUCUGAGCAGAAAAGGACAUUUAGAAAAAGUACCUUGGAAUGCAUUCAGCCAUCACAGUCCAAUUAAUAUCUCCAUCCAUGGAAUUCCCUGCAUUCUCUUCUGGGCCAAAAGAAUAACAAUUAAAUUUAAGAACCAGACCCAGUUGGACCUUACAGAUGAGGCUUUUGGCCAGAAGACAACAGUGGAUGCUGACAACUCAAAUUGCAGUGAAGAAAGUGCCAUGUUGUCUCUGAAGUUUAUUGAUGCUGAAAAUCCUAAAGGCUUAGAUCUAAGAUUCAUCCUUACCAAUUAUAACAAGUUGUCCAUGCAGAGCUGGUUUAGUGUGCACCGAGUGGAGAUUAUCUUUAAUAACUCAAUCAAAGCAACUUUCAAUGCAACUGGCAUUUAUGCCCCAUCAAGUUACUCUUAUCACUGCCAGCACGUCAGCAACCUCCAGAGAUAUGAUGCCCUCUUGUUGCCCAGCUACACGGAUGAUAUGUCAAGCCUGUGGGAGGUCACUUUUGUUGAUUUCCAGAUCCAAGGUUUUACCAUCAGUGGGAGCCAGUUUGCCAAGGCCCGAGACUGUGCCUCUUCCUUCUCGCCAGCCAUUCUGAUCGGCCUGGCCAUGUCCCUGAUCCUUUUGUUGGUGCUGGCCUAUGCCCUUCACAUGCUCAUCUACCUGCGGUAUCUGGACCGGCACUAUGACUUCAUUGCCUCUCCAGCGCACUUCCCCCAGCUGAAAACUCGAGAUACGGCUGAAGAGAAGGAGUUGCUGAGGAGUCAAGGAGUUGAGUGCUAUGAACUGAGAAGCCAGCAGAUCUGCAAGAUUUAUGUUUAGCAACACAGAGCCCCUCUUCCACACUGGACUUGAAAAGAAGCUGUUUCUUUUUCUGUGCCAUUUGACUUAGGAUUUGAGAGUCUUAUUGCAUGACUUGAUUUAAAAUCUAAAAGGAAAUGCACAAUGAAUGGUUUUAAUAGACUUGGGACAAUUAGAAAGGUAUCUCAGGAACCCCACAGAGAUAACUAAGACUGUUACCCUAAAGCUACCUUUAAAGCAAUGGGAUUUGAAGCUAAAAGCAUCUUUAAGGAUGAAACACCACUGACCAAGCAAGUGGAAACAAACAUAAACAAAUGGGACUACA